AUGGACUCCAUUUCCAGACCAGUUACUGAGUUUUGCCUUGAUCUCUACAAAAAGCUCAACAGAAGUGCAGAGGACAUAAAUAUUGUCUUCUCUCCAAUGAGCAUUUCUGUUGCCCUGGCCCUGCUCCAUCUUGGUGCAAAAAACAACACUGCUGCUCAGAUAGAAAAAGUGCUCCAUGUCAGGAAAGCCGCAGGAAGAACGAGUCUUGUACAUGAUCACGAGAGUGCAGCCUCAGAAAUGGAUCCCGAAGGAAGCCCGGAGAAGGAAUCACUUUAAUUGUGUUUGUCUUAUUCCCAGUGUAACAAGGAGGGGGACCUUAACCAUAAAGUGUUCCAGGAGCUGCUUUUACAACUACAAAACCUGGGUGAAAAGUAUGUUUUAACCUUGGCCAACAAUCUCUUUAUGCAACAAGGAUUUGAACUCCAGCAGCAAUUUCUAAGGUGUACCAAGGAACUGUAUGGAUCAAUGCUGCAAAUAGUGGACUUUCAUGGUGCUGUUGAAGCUGCCAGAAGAAAAAUUAAUGCUUGGGUUGAAAGUGAGACACAAGGUAAAAUCAAGGAACUCUUUGCACCUGGUGUGAUUGAUGGACAUGCAUUGCUGGUGCUUGUGAAUGUAAUCUACUUCAAAGCAUCCUGGGAACUCAGGUUCGAUGAAGAAAAAACAGUUCAGAGUGAUUUUAAACUGAAUCAGAACAGAAAGAAACCUGUGCAGAUGAUGUACCAGAAAGGCAAAUUUAAACUGGGCUACAUUGAGGAGGUGGCUGCUCAAAUCCUUGAACUCCCUUAUGCUCAGAAGUCACUGAGCAUGAUGAUCCUGCUGCCAGGUGAUGUGGCUGAUGGAUCUGUCAGUGGGCUGGAGCAGAUUGAAAGCACAAUCACCUAUGAAAAUUUAAUGCUGUGGGCCUCCUCAGAGAACAUGUUUGAGACAACAGUGGAGGUUUACCUGCCCCGAUUCAAGCUAGAAGGCACCUUUAACCUCAACGAGGUUUUACAAGAGAUGGGCAUGACCGACAUCUUCACUGAAUCCAAAGCUGACCUUUCUGCAAUGACGUUUGCAAAAUCUCUGGUGCUGUCAAACGUUGUCCACAAGGCGUAUGUGGAAGUCAAUGAGGAAGGCACCGUGGCAGCGGCUGGCACGGGAGCUUCCAUUGUCAGGAGGUCUCUGCCUAUCACUGAGGUGUUCAUGGCUAAUCACCCUUUCUUGUUCUUUAUUAGACACAAUCCUACCAAUACUAUAGUUUUCUUUGGCAAACUCUGUUCACCUUAA